AUGGCAACAGCAGUUUCAGGAUCAACGGGGAGUGACGCAUGGAAGGCGCAUUUGGGUAUGGCAUUGGUGCAACUAUUCAAUGGUGGCUACCAUGUAAUUACCAAAGUAGCCCUUAAUGUUGGGGUUAACCAGUUAGUCUUUUGCCUCUACAGAGAUCUACUUGCCCUCUCUAUCCUCGCUCCUAUCGCUUAUAUUCGUGAAAAACGGACACGACCACCCAUUACUAAGGACCUCCUGAUAUCAUUCUUUUUCCUUGGAUUAACUGGGAUAUUCGGCAACCAACUUCUGUUUCUUAUUGGUUUAAGCUAUACAAAUCCAACUUAUGCUGCUGCCACUCAGCCGGCCAUUCCAGUCUUUACAUUUUUGUUCGCUGUAAUGAUGGGUACAGAAAGAGUGAACUUGCUCAGAUAUGAAGGUCUGGCAAAGGUUGUAGGAACUAUUAUCUGUGUUUCAGGUGCCAUAUUGAUGGCUUUGUAUCGCGGUCCAGCUCUAAUUGGAAAUACAGAAAUUGCUCAUGUAGCAGAAAAUGAAAUUAGUGCGAGAGGUCAGCCUGAGCCUUCUGGAUGGUUUAUUGGUGGCUUACAAGGUCUUGGAUUAGACCAUUUUCAUCUUGGGGUUCUGUGCUUGAUAGGGAACUGCAUGUGUAUGGCUGCUUUUCUAGCCAUUCAGGCACCGGUAUUAAAAAAGUAUCCUUCAAACCUAUCUGUCACGGCAUAUUCAUACUUCUUUGGAGCUGCUCUGAUGGUGAUGGUGUCAUUUUUAGUGACUAACAAGUCAACUGAAUGGAGUCUGACAUCGUCUGAAAUACUUGCUGUUAUUUAUGCUGGAACUAUUGCAUCUGCUCUUAACUAUGGACUCAUUACAUGGUGCAAUAAGGUUUUAGGUCCAGCUAUGGUUGCCCUAUACAAUCCACUUCAACCUGGCUUUUCUGCCUUACUGUCUCAAAUAUUUCUCGGAAGUCCAGUUUACUUAGGAAGCAUCAUAGGUGGAUCGCUUAUCAUUGCUGGUCUAUAUACAGUUACUUGGGGAUCAUAUAGAGAAAGACGAGCAGCAGUUGGAGUUACUCCUCAAGGUCUUGGGGAAACUGAACCACUUAUUUGUCAAAUUUUUUCUGCACCCUCUAGUUUAUCUCCAAAGCUAUCUGAUUAA